GACGCCCCCGGGUCCUGGUGCCCUCCGCUCCCCGCCGGCAGCGGGACUCCCCCCGGCCAUGGCGGCCGAGAGGCCCAAGAGCUCCCCGAAGUGGGUGAAGUUCCUGUUCGGAGGCCUGGCCGGGAUGGGGGCCACGGUGUUCGUGCAGCCCCUGGACCUGGUCAAGAACCGGAUGCAGCUCAGCGGGGAGGGGGCCAAGGCCCGCGAGUACCGGACGAGCCUGCACGCGCUGGGCUCCAUCCUGCGCCACGAGGGCCUGCGUGGCGUCUACACCGGGCUGUCCGCGGGGCUGCUGCGCCAGGCCACCUACACCACCACACGCUUGGGGGUCUAUAGCGUGGGGCUGGAGCUGCUGGGGGCCCCGGAUGGGACCCCCCCCCCGUUCCUGGCCAAGGCUGCUGUGGGGAUGAGCGCGGGCGCCGCCGGCGCCUUCGUGGGGACCCCGGCGGAGGUGGCACUCAUCCGGAUGACGGCAGACGGGAGGCUGCCCCCUGCCGAGCGCCGCGGGUACCGCAACGUGUUCGACGCCCUCGUGCGGAUGGUGCGGGAGGAGGGACCUACGACCCUCUGGAGGGGCUGCAUCCCCACCAUGGCUCGUGCCGUCGUGGUCAAUGCGGCCCAAUUGGCCUCGUAUUCCCAAUCCAAGCAGUUCCUGCUGGACUCGGGCCGCUUCCAGGAUGACAUCCUGUGCCACUUCAGUGCCAGCAUGAUCAGCGGCCUGGUCACCACCGCCGCCUCCAUGCCUGUGGACAUCGUUAAGACCCGCAUCCAGAACAUGCGGACCAUUGAUGGGAAGCCAGAGUACCGCGGGGGGCUGGACGUGCUGGUAAAGGUCAUUCGCUACGAGGGAUUCUUCAGCCUCUGGAAGGGCUUCACCCCCUACUACGCGAGGCUCGGGCCCCACACAGUGUUGACCUUCAUCUUCCUCGAGCAGAUGAACAAGUGGUACCAGCGCCUUGUGCUCAGCGCCUGACCCCACGGAAUCUAUGGGGCAGCCCCAUAGAGCCAAUGGUGUCUGUCCCCUGGGCUCUUAAGGCCGUGAGGUGUCCCUGUAGGGGGCUGUGGAGCAGCCCUAUAGCUCUGUGGGGUGUCCCUUUGUACCUAUAGCGGUUAUGGGGCAGCCCCAAAGCUCUGGGGGAGGGCUCCUUGGCUCUAUGAGGCCAGGGGGUGGCCCUGUGGGGCACUGGGGGGUGUUUCUCUGUCCCUAUGGGGACCCCAUAAAGUGCUUCAUGGAUGA